AUGGAUCUAGAGGAGACUGUCAGGCGUUCGCUGUACACGAGUUAUGGAGCGAAUAAGUGUAUCUUGCUACCUAAGGACGAAUACAUUAAGACUGUUGGCGAGUUGCUGGAAGCCACCCAGGCACCCAAGAAAUCACCGCGUCAGUUUUACUUGAUUACGAAAUAUGAACUACUGCAGUGUGGGGACGUUCAAAAGCUCAUCAGAAAGAAGCCAAACCAGGAACAUCCACUGUACUUCGCUACCAUCGAGGAGACCUUUGACAUUAUCAAGCGCGCCCAUAUCGCUACUGGUCAUGGAGGACGAGACAAGAUGAUCAAGGAGAUCAACAAGAUGUACGCCAACAUCACCCAGGAUGCUAUUACCUUGUUCAAGUCCAUGUGCAUCGAGUGCCAGAGAAAACGGAAAUGGACAACUACCAAGGGAAUUGUCGUCAAACCAAUCCUAUCAAAGGACUUCAGUUCCAGAGCGCAAGUUGACCUCAUCGACAUGCAGUCUAUGUGCCAUGGUCAACACAAAUGGAUCAUGGUGUACCAAGACCAUCUUAUCAAGUUCUGCAUCCUGCGUCCUCUCACUUCUAAGCGUGCAUCGGAAGUAGCUUAUCAGUUCCUGGACACACUGCAGGGAGCCCCUUCAAUACUACAAAGUGACAACGGGUCCGAAUUCACAGCGCAAGUUAUCACUGAGUUGAAGCAGAUGUGGCCUGACCUCGUCAUCGUUCACGGGAAGCCGAGACACCCCCAGAGUCAGGGUUCAGUGGAAAGAGCCAACUGCGACAUAAAAUACAUGUUGACUGCAUGGAUGAGUGACAGUGACACACGGGACUGGACUGAUGGACUCAAGUUUGUGCAAUUUCAAAAGAACUCGAGCCAUCACACUGGAAUCAAGCGUUCUCCCUUUGCUGCUCUGUUUGGUGCCGAUGCGAAGGUAGGAUUGACAUCAUCCAGCCUCCCCCAAGAUGUCAUUGCAAGGUUGCAAACUGAAGACGACCUCCUGUCUGCAGUAUCUCAUCCAAACCCAGUCGAGCAAUCCAGCGAGGAAGCAGAACCUGUACCAGUCUCACCCAUCUCUAUAAGGACAUUUCCCUGCGUCAAGCUGUGCAACUGGAGUCAAGAUGCGGUGGACAAGGUUUCACAAGAUGUAACUGUGCUGGAAGUUAGAGGUGUCAGACAAAUCGAUGAAGAAGCCAGAUUGGUGUGCAAUUCCCGCUGCCAUUCCAGCCUGCCAUGCAUAAACAAGAACUGUUGUUGA